AUUUACUAGUAUACUAUCUGCGUUGCUUAUCCUUCCCUUCUUCCUCUUGUAUCCUAUUACUUCAUCGCCUCCUCGCCCUUCAGAUCCUAUUAUAUUCCAAAAAACAAAACAUGCCUUAUAAUACCCGUCGCAAAUCAUUGUCGCUCCCCUCCUUGGGGAUUCACCUUCCGAACUCGUCCCGCCGCUCUCCGUCCACUUCGAAAUCGCCGCACGCGACUGACGACCAGCUGCCUCCGUCCAAGAAAGUAAAACGGUCGCACGAUUCCUCGUUAUCGCCGGAGCCUUCAACCACCACUACGCGCGCUACAGAUAGCAAAGACCAUCCGACACCUGUCCGUUCCUCUGGUCGGCGCAGCGCCUUGGAGCACACGCCACCUCCCUCUCCCACCGACCGCACGGUCGCCCCCAAGAUCGACACAGAAGGCAUAAACGAUGACAUCGUGGUCGGCGUCAUUCAACAACUGGAGAAGACGGGAAAUCGUCCUCACCUGGUCAAGGAAUUGGCUGCUGUUCUCAUUGCGCUGAACGAGAGCGUCGCAAACUCUGCCAACCCCGCUGCUCUCCUGUCUUCACGGCUAAGCGCGUAUAUGAAACGCCCCUGGACUGCACUAGCGCCUUGUCCUGUGGCCAAGGAAUUGAUCCCCAUCCACCCACGCAAGGUGUUCUACUUUUUGACGACUUCACCCCGUCAAGCCAUCCCAGAGAACUCGGAUGAUGUCAUAAUCCCUGGCGUGGAAGGAAAGGACAUGACGCCUAGCGUGACGAGUAUUGACCUCGAUGAGGAAGACGCGUUGGCGCGGGAGCGGUCGCGCCUCAGCCCCAGUCCCGAGGUCGACCUGUCUUCCCCCGACUUCGACGAAGAAAACAUUGACUUGGAUGGUCGCACGGGUUCCACCAGCACUUCCCGGUCGAGUACCGAAUUUGGAGAUCACCACACUCGGCUGAUGCACUCGAACCGGGCUGCAUCCCCUCCAUUGGAAGGUGAUGAGAAGGAGUUCACACAAACCGCGAGCGCCGUCCGUGAGCGGGCUUCCGAACAAAAAGAAGCACAGCAACAGCCCUCGAUCACACAUUUUUCUGCGCUAUCGGAAGGUCUCAACGAGUUGCACGAAGACAAUAUGAUUAUCUGCGGCACCCCCGUGGACGACAGCCACCUUUCGUUUAAUGGCGAUCGCAUGGCUGAUGAGCCCACCCACGACUACUUUUCUCGUGGCGGUCUCUCUGAACUUUCCCCUCUCCAAGGCCACCUCCAACAGCAGGAUCUCGACGAGGCGGCCGUGGCGGCUCUGUUCGGUACUUCUCCUUCCCCUUCUCUCACAUCGGUGGCCUCAUCCAUCUCGUCUGGCACGAGUGUGGCUUCGGAUGAUGGACUGGAUGGCGAGUCUCAGUCGGAAGCGAUUGGACGUGCCCCUCAGAUCAGUCUACCCGAAGACCCCACCGUUCCCUCAGUAUCGACACUGAAGCGUCCUAUCGACAUGCUGAACAGCGAGAUGCCUGAUCUGGACAUGAAAAUGGCAGAUCUGGCUGAGCACGAAGACAAGGUGUCGCUAGGAGCUCGCGCACUGCCUCGCUCAGACGGGGCGACGGUUUUCGAUUCGUGGCGAGAGCUACAGAGUCCGGAAACAGUUGAUGUCCAUGAGCUCGAUGAGAUGUUUGAUGAUCUCUAGAUUCCCGCGACAACAAGACACCAGUCAGCGGGAGUUAUCCCCUC